GAUUCAUUUUUUAAUGGAUUCAUCACUUGGUCUUUUAUUGAUAUUUUUUGGUAUACGAUUUUUACAACAUGUAGCAAGAGUAAAAAAUUGGGAAUCUUUUAACUUUGGAGAAUAUGGAAAACCAGAGUCAAUUAGAAUCUGGUUUAUUCAGUGUGGCUUAUAUUUGUCACUUUUAUGUUGUGUUAAAAUUGUUAUUACAUUGUUGAUUUCAUUAGACAUCUGGCGAGUUAUCACAAAAUUUAUCAUGUCGCCAUUUACUGACCCUAGAACAAUAUUAACUAUAGUCAUGCUUAUUAUACCUCUGUUUAUAAAUGCUCUUAUGUUUUGGGUGACUGAUGACAUUUUGAUGCAUAGAAGUCGUCAUCGAGUUGGUUUAAUUCGGCGUAUAAAACAACAAUACCACAAGAUUCAGCAAAGCGGUAGACUUGAAGACUCGCCUAUUUCUGAUGAAGAUGAAUUGCUCAAUCUAGAUGAAAUAUCAACAAUUCUACAAUCUAGUGGAGUUCAGGGUUUUUAAUAAUUUAAUAA